UCUAUUAUAAAACCUUUCACCUAUUCCUCAAAAGGUUGUACACAUUUAUCACACUAAAUUCUCUUUGAUUUCUUGUCAAUGGUGGCAACAACCAAACCUCCACAACCGUCACUCUCCUUACCAUGGAAAACACGCAUUCAUAUUUCCCUUUUCUCCGCCGUCACCGAAGCAUGUUCCCGGAAAAACGGCACUGUCAACCGUGGUCUUCUUAAGUACUUACUCGACUUCCGGACUCCGCCAACCUCAAAAUCAGUCAACGGCGUAGCAUCACAUGACGUGGUUGUAGACGAGACUCGUAACCUCUGGUUCCGUGUCUACGUACCUACACAACACGCCGGUGAAGAUCUCCCGGUGAUCGUGUUCUUUCACGGAGGUGGAUUCGCUUUCCUCUCCCCUGAUGUCGAAAUGUACGAUGUGGUGUGCCGCCGCUUCGCGAGGAAAGUACCGGCCAUUGUUGUGUCUGUGAACUACCGCCUUUCGCCGGAGCAUCGGUAUCCGGCCCAACAUGAUGAUUGCUUCGAUGUGCUGACGUUCCUUGAUGAUGAAGAGAAUAGGUCUAAAUGUUUGCCGGAAAAUGCGAAUAUGUUGCGCUGCUUUAUUGCUGGAGAUAGCGCAGGUGGAAACUUAGCUCAUCAUGUUGCUCAACGAGCCUGUGAAUUCAACUUCCGACGACUCAAGGUGAUCGGAGUUGUAGCAAUUCAACCAUUCUUUGGUGGCGAGGAGCAGACGGAUUCCGAGACCCGACUCGACGGAACACCGAUUGUUUCCAAAAGGCGAACAGAUUGGUUUUGGAAGGUGUUUUUGCCGAAAGGAGAAGGGUUCAAUCGGGACCACCCAAUCAGCAACGUUAGCGGACCAAACGCGGUGGACAUAUCAAAAGUAGAUUUUCCGGCGACCAUGGUGGUGGUGGCGGGAUUUGACCCCUUAUAUGACUGGCAAAAAAGGUACUAUAAGUGGCUGAAAGAGUCGGGGAAAGAAGUGUACUUGUUUGAAUAUCCAAACAUGUGUCAUGCAUUCUAUCUCUUUCCUGAAUUGCCAGAAUCUGAACACCUUUUUGGCCAAGUGAAAGAUUUCAUUGAAAAGGUAUCGAGCAAUGUUGCUACUUUGUAGACAAAUUAGUUGUGCCAAACUCGUAUCAUGUUGUAUAAUAUUUGGCUCGGUGGUUUAUAAGUGAUUCUACAAAUAAAUAAAUAAAGUCUGGGAGUUUUGAGAAUGUGGUAGUUUAUAAAAUGGUUGAAAAGAUUUAAUUCGGACGUAUCACCAAUUGCCAACGUAUCUAAAUGGCCGACUAUUUGUUAAG